AUGAUGAUGAUGAUGGUGAUUAUGAAGGUGAUGGUGAUGGUGAAGGUGGUGCAGGUGCUGGCCCCCUUAGCUCAUGGGGGCUCCGAGUUGCUGGCAGAGAUGCUGACAGAGAUGUUGGCCUGAUGCUGACGGAGGUCGGCCUCGCGCUCGUGGGGGCAGGCAAGACCUCGUGAGGUUGAGUCGCGACUCCGCGUUUCCCUUGAGUUACUGAUUGCCCCAAAACCAGGACAGGACCUUAAAGACUUCAUGCGACAGGCCGGGGAAGUCACAUAUGCGGAUGCACACAAACACCGCAGAAAUGAAGGGGUUGUGGAAUUUGCCACAUAUGCUGACAUGAAGGGAGCCCUGGAGAAACUGGAUGGUAAAGAGCUCCACGGCAGGCGUAUUCGCCUCAUCAACGACUACAACUCUCGGCGGUCGCGCAGGUCCCACUCACGUUCCUCCUCACGAUCACGCUCCAGGUCUCGCUCACGUUCCAGGUCAAGGUCAAGAAGCCAUUCCAGAUCUCGCUCCCAUUCACGCUCAAAGUCACAUUCACCUUCACGUUCUAGGUCACGCUCAAGAGACAAGCGUAACAGGAAGUCCCACUCUAAGUCUCGAUCCAAGUCACAUUCCCGAUCCAAGUCCAGAUCAAGAUCACAGUCUAGGUCGCGGUCCAGGUCACGUUCAAGGUCACCCACCAGAUCCAGAUCAAGGUCCAGGUCACGUUCACACUCCAAGGAAAAAUCAAAGUCCAGGUCUCAGUCACGGCACCGCAGUAAAUCUCCCAGCAAAGCAGAGUCCAUGAGCCGCUCCCUUUCCAACAGCCCAAGAGAGGAGGAAGCAAUGGAUGAACACUGAAAAACAGCUUGUUGAAUGUUCUGUUAUAUUUUUACUACACCUUACACAGCAAGAAUUUCUGAGCUGUCCUGUAGGGAGGGAGGAGUUGCAAGAGGUACUCAAAGUCAUGCUUGGCUGAAAGUCUAUAACAUCAGCUGUGUUUUUUGAGGGGAUAGCAGAAGGUUUCUGUGUUUUUGAGUAAAUUGUCUCACAAGGAGCUUGCACUUGAGAAAUGAUAAUGACAAGUAAUAGAUAAAAUAACAAAUUAAAGUGGAUAAUGAGCAUUGGUGCCAUGUCAUGUAUUUAUACUAGGUUUGUAUUUUGGGUUGUUAACUGUUAUGCAGUGAGUGAUUUAUCUUUUUGUUUUGUUGCCUUCCUAUUGUUUUUUUGUUUUUUUUUUACAUUUUUUUCUUUUGCUGUAAUUACUGAAAUGGAGAGUUUACCAUGAUAUAAGGAGCUAAAACUUGAAAACAUCAAACGGGGAAUGAUAAUUACUCGAGUGAACACUAGUACCUGAACUUUACUAUUUAGUGUCAAACUUCCUCACUCACAAAGAGGAAACUAUCCAAUAUCUGCCUGUGAUGUGGGAAAGGGAUGCAGGUUACAGCUACUGUGUUGUGAUUCCUUAAUUAGCUAUAUUUGUUAUUAUGCAUUUUCUUUCCUGUUUAUUUACUCUCUUUUUUCAUCUAUAUAUUUUCCUGCUUUUCCCCUAUUUUUUAGGGUGGGAGUGGGGGAAAAGAAGAUUGCAUUUUUUUUUUUUUUUUUUUUUUUUUUUUUUUUUGUAGAUGAUUUCUGUUGCAUCACAUCUUCCAUGACCACUCUAAAUGACACAAUAAACAGCUGUUUAUGCUACAUUGGGCAGCAGUUUAUUAUUGCUUUAGACAAAUAUAGGGGGAGAAAAUUGCAAUGGAAAGUGGUUUCUUUCCAUGCACAAAGUAAAUGAGUGAUUAAAGAUUGUACUGUACAGUUUUACCUGAAUGAUUGGGCUAAGUGUGUGUGUGUGCUUUUCAAGUUAUGUCGUGUUCUACACAGAUUUGAAUUUUUAUACUUAAGGAUAAGUAGGUCAGCAUAUACAUAUGUUUCAAUAUUUUGCUCCUCUUCUCUCUUAGCUUUUACGGUCCUCUCUUCUCUCCUCUUUCAUCUUCUAUCCUCUUCUCUUUCCUCUCUCCUCUCUCCCUCCCUCUC